UCCUCACUUCCAACAAUGGCGGCUCCGAGCCCGAGCGGCGGCGGCGGCUCCGGGGGCGGUGGCGGCACCCCGGGGCCCAUCGGGCCUCCAGCCUCCGGCCACCCGGCCGUCAGCAGCAUGCAGGCAAAUGAACUGCAACUUAUCUCUUUUACUUUAGGCUUUCAGAUAAACUUCUGUGAAAAGGCACAAAGUAAACGUAAAGCACUGAAGUUGAAUUUUGCAAAUCCACCUGUCAAAUCGACAGCACGGUUUCCUCUGAAUCCUAAUACUACAGGAGUCCAGAACCCACACAUAGAGAGACUGAGAACCCACAGCAUUGAGUCAUCAGGAAAACUGAAGAUCUCCCCUGAACAGCACUGGGAUUUCACUGCAGAGGACUUGAAAGACCUUGGAGAAAUUGGACGAGGAGCUUAUGGUUCUGUCAACAAAAUGGUCCACAAACCAAGUGGGCAGAUAAUGGCAGUUAAAAGAAUACGGUCAACUGUGGAUGAAAAAGAACAAAAACAGCUUCUCAUGGAUUUGGAUGUGGUAAUGCGGAGUAGUGAUUGCCCAUACAUCGUUCAGUUCUAUGGUGCACUCUUCAGAGAGGGCGACUGUUGGAUUUGUAUGGAGCUCAUGUCUACCUCGUUCGAUAAGUUUUACAAAUAUGUAUAUAGUGUGUUAGAUGACGUUAUUCCGGAAGAGAUCCUAGGCAAAAUCACUUUAGCAACUGUGAAAGCACUAAACCACUUAAAAGAAAACUUGAAAAUUAUUCACAGAGACAUCAAACCUUCCAAUAUUCUUCUGGACAGAAGUGGGAAUAUUAAGCUCUGUGAUUUUGGCAUCAGUGGACAGCUCGUGGACUCCAUUGCCAAGACAAGAGAUGCUGGGUGUAGGCCAUAUAUGGCACCUGAAAGAAUAGAUCCAAGUGCAUCAAGACAAGGGUAUGAUGUCCGCUCUGAUGUCUGGAGUUUGGGGAUCACAUUGUAUGAGUUGGCCACAGGCCGAUUUCCUUAUCCAAAGUGGAAUAGUGUAUUUGAUCAGCUUACACAAGUGGUGAAAGGAGACCCUCCACAGCUAAGUAAUUCCGAAGAAAGGGAAUUCUCCCCCAGUUUCAUCAACUUUGUCAACUUGUGCCUUACAAAGGACGAAUCCAAAAGGCCAAAGUAUAAAGAGCUUCUGAAACAUCCCUUUAUCUUGAUGUACGAAGAACGCGCCGUUGAGGUCGCGUGCUACGUCUGUAAAAUCCUGGAUCAGAUGCCGGCCACUCCCAGCUCUCCUAUGUAUGUCGACUGAUAGCACUGCUGCAUCAGACUCUAGAAAAAAGGGCUGAGAGGAAGAAGACGUAAAGAGUUUUCAUCCUGUAUCACAGUGUUUUUUUUGCUCGCCCAGACACCAUGUGCAAUAAGAUUGGUGUUCGUUUCCAUCAUGUCUGUAUACUUCUGUCACCUAGAAUGUGCAUCCCUGUAAUGCCUGACUGACCACAGUGUUUGUGCUGGUCAGAGAGACCUCAUCCUGCUCUUUUGUGAUGAACAUAUUCAUGACGUGUGGAAGUCAGUACGAUCAAGUCGUUGACUGUGAUUAGAUCACACCUUAAAUUCAUUUCUAGACUCAAAACCCGGAGACGCAGCUACUGGAAUGGUGUUUCGUGAGACUUCCAAAGCCUCGAAGGACACAGUGAUGGAUGUACUAUGUCUGAACAUAGAGACCUGGGCUGGAGUGAGAAGAGCUUGCACAGCCAGUGAGACACAUUGCCUUCUGGAGCUGGGAGACAACGGAGGGAUUCCCUUUUUUCACUAAGUGCAAUAGAUGUACUGAUCUGAUAUUCUGUUGCUUUACAGUCACAGUCGAUGUUUGGGGAUCGAUGUGCUCAGCCAAAUUCCCUGUUCAAAAUACCAUGUUAAAUUAGAAUGAAUCUAUCUUUACCAAAAACCAUGUUGCUUUCAGAAAGGUGAACAUUAAAACACUGAGAUGGGAUAGAAUGUGUUAUUUGUCCUUUUCCAGCCCUGCUCUUCAUUGGGAAGAUACAGGAGCCUGCCACUUGUCAUAGAAGGGUGCUGCCAACUUGAUGCUCUACCUGCCACCAACCACCAGGACUGACCGAAGGAAACAGUACUGAGGGCAAAGUUUACAGAUGUUUUUGAUUCUGCUAUCUUCUCCAGAAAGCUUGUAGCAGCUAUAGAUUUCCCCUUGGCCCCAAGCCUGGUACUUGAGCCAUCGUAACUCAUUAACAGGGAGAAGUAGCUAGUAGCAAUGUGCCUUGAUGAUUAGACGAAGAUUUCCUGUAGGCAGCAAAACACCAAAUCACAAUUCUUUGCUUCUUGCCAUCGUGGGCCAGGUCUUCAGUUUCUAAUUCAUUCCCUUC